ACUUGGUUUUUUUUCAAAACCAAUCAUGGUCCAUUAUUAGUUUUUUUAACUUCUAGAUAUGGAUUCUCAUCCAUUACUCGAAACAGCAUUAGGUUUUUACAAACACUCUGGUUUGACGUUAGUCUAUGAAUUGAUCGUAAUCUCCCAUUGUUUAAUGGUAGAGAAAGGCUUUCGGGUUGUCAAUCAAGGAUAUAUAUGUAUGAAUUUUCGAAAACCAAUUGAACUUACUCAUUCUUUAGACGAGCGAAUAUAUUGAUUUAAUAAAAGCUAAUAAUUCAAUUCCAAUGGAAUACAUUAAAGAUGGGAAAACAAUCAGAGGUUGUCACGACGUCACCGAUAACUUGUACAGUGCAUACAUGCAGGAGGAGUACUAAAAAAAUGAAUAAUGAAUAUAAUUUCCAAAUUUAGGUUGAAAAGGAACCUUUCAUCGGUGAGUUUUCGUUGAAAGAUUUCACCAUACUCGAUAAGUAAGUUUCAAUUCACUUCUUGGUCAAAGGCAUUAUUGUUUUUCUAGUGCAUCAAACUUGGUUUUAACAAAUAUUGAUCAAUUUAUCGAAAAAGCAGUAGCAGUAAUUGGUGCACUCAAUAAGUUUCUAAAUGAACAAAAAGCAAAACAUAAUGCACAAGAAGAGGAAAACAAACAGCAAAAUGAUACACAUGCAUAUCAUCAGCAACAAUAUGCGAAACAAUAUGAUGUACCCACUGAUUUUGAAGAAGAAUAA